AUGCCCAAGUACGCUAAAUUUCUUAAGGACCUUCUGAAGCGUAAGGAGAGAAUAGGUGAGCUUUCGAAUAUUCCUUUGACCGGAGGUUGUUCCGCGGUAGUCUUGAAUAAGCUGCCAGAGAAGUUAACCAACCCUGGUACAUUCACUAUUCCACGCCUUUUUGGGGGAGCCGUUACCCCUGCUCAUGCUCUAGCCGAUUUAGGAGCCAGCAUCAAUCUGAUGCCAUUUUCAUUGUACGAGAGGCUAGGUUUAGGAGAGCUUACACCCACGCGUAUGUCGUUGUCCUUGGCCGAUCGUUCGGUCAAGUAUCCUCGUGGGAUAGUGGAGAAUUUGUUGGUUAAAGUGGAUAAGUUCGUAUUUCCCGAAGAUUUUGUCAUUCUUGACAUGGAGGCCGAUGAGAGAGUUCCUAUUAUUUUGGGGUGUCCAUUCCUUAGAACCGCAAAGGCGGUCAUCGACGUCUUUGAUGAUUAG